AUGGGCAUUCUCUUUAACAUUUCGCUCAUGCCCAUCAAGGCGUACCUCUCCGAGGACCUCCCGUGGACGCGCGACGCGCAGUUGUCCGCGUCCGACAACUUUACCGACUUCAACACGUCGACCCUCGCACGGUAUCAAGCCAAAUACAACGUCUCGACGCUUCCACCAAAGUGCGUCUACCACAACGACGCUGCGGCAGGUGUCGAGCUCGUGCGCGUGCAGAUGGAUAUGACCACGCACGCGGCGAUCGCACGCGACAACUGCGUCGCAGACUUUCUCCUCGGGAAGCCCGGCGUUGUCUACUACACCACGUCGAUUCGGUCGCUGCUCUGCGACCUCGCAGCUGCAAAUGCCUCGAACUUUCGUCUUCUUGCGUGGCAGAACCGGGGCACGUGUGUGUACAACACCUAUUUCGGCCUCUACAUUGGCCAUCAAUGCGUUUGGAUCACCGCCGACGACGUAGCACACACGCAUCGGCUCACCAUCUCGAUGGCGAUCGCAACGUAUGCCUCGACAACCUGGCUCUGGUGCAAGCUCGCCUUUCGCGUCGGUCUCUCGUUCGUGACCUUGUAUCUGCUCUACGCAAAGUACUACCGGCAUUGCUUGGACCUCGAGUCGCUCUUACUGCACCAUGGGCAUCAGCGCACUUCCUGCACCAAUCUGUGGCGCUACGAAGUCAUUUGGGGCGACCCGACGGCCAUGAUCCUUCUGAACCCCGCGAUCGCAGGGAUGUUUGCCCUCGACUGCUGGCUCAGCGUCGACACUGUGACGCUCGCCAUCAUGCGCGCCAGCCAAGCCCACGAGAUAACAGUCAUGCUCCUCGGCUGUCUCUACCUCUCCCGCACGGUGUGGUUUGCCUACGCCGCGCUAUGCGGCGUUAAUACGUGCUUGAAGCGCCACAAGAAAGAACACCUCUUUGCCGAGGUGGACCCGACGCUCGUGGCAGUUGCAGCGACGAUAUACGGUCCUCUGGUCACGUGGAUGGCGGGCAAUGUGGAGUUUUUCCUCGAGCUCUUUCACGCUUUGUUUGACCUCGUCGUUCCAACCGCGCUCAAGCGCGACCGGUUUGACGGCAGCAUCCCAUCCACCAUGUACUCGCUCAUGCUGGCGUCGCUCCCGGUGGUGUACGGCUUUUCCCACGCACUUCUCCGGAAGCCGCGCUCGACGCCGCGCGACCUCCAUCUGUACAGCAGCUUUCGCUUCAACAGCAUCAAAAACCGCGUCGUGCUCUCUGCACUUCGCUUGCUCCAUAGCCCCCUCCCGGUACACGUGCCGGCCAUAGGUGGCACCAUGCACCGCCUCUUUGAGCUCGUACCGCGCUACAAGCGAUGGCCAACAAUUAGUUUCCGCGGCUCCGACUGCUACGUCCACUGUUAUUGCGACGACACGCUUGAGGAGCGCUUGCGCCUCAGCCUCGUCGAUGACUUGGACCGCUUGGUCCUCGAGGCCGACGUGGCGAUCCAUGACGCACCCGAGGUGUCCACAUACUCGGUGAACGUCCUCGUGCUGCCGUCGGCCCAGUGCGCUCGCCCGCUCCUGCAGCGACCCGUGCAGCCGAGUGCGUGGUGUCUCUAA